AUGUCGUUCAUAGAAUCCGAACAAAAAGUACUUAUUAAUACGAGAGCAGGUGGUGUGUACAUUCCACCUGCUCGGUUACGGCAGAUGCAACAGACAAUAACUGAUAAAUCUAGUAAAGAAUAUCAAAGAAUCACAUGGGAAGCUCUGAAAAAAAGUAUUAAUGGGCUCAUCAAUAAGGUCAACACUUCAAAUAUAAAGAACAUUGUUUUUGAGCUGUUUAAUGAAAAUCUAAUUCGUGGUAGAGGUCUUUUUGCUAGAUCGAUCAUGAAAGCACAAUCGGCAUCCCUACCGUUUACACCUGUUUAUGCCGCGUUAGUGGCUAUUAUCAAUACUAAGUUACCACAAAUUGGCGAAUUAGUGCUUACUAGAUUAAUUGUUCAAUUUCGUAAAGCAUAUAGGCGUAAUGAUAAGACGACUUGUUUAGCCACAACAUCUUUUAUUGCACAUUUAUGUAACCAUCUGGUAUCUCACGAAAUCGUCGCAUUACAAGUCCUAGUUCUGUUACUUGAACACCCUACUAGUGAUUCGGUAGAAGUUGCCGUUGGGUUUAUGCGUGAAUGUGGUGCUCACUUAGCUGAUGUCUCACCAAAGGCGAAUAAUGAUGUCUUUGAUCGAUUUAGGGCUAUUCUACAUGAAGCAAAUGUAGAAAAAAGAGUUCAAUAUAUGAUCGAGGUGCUGUUCCAAGUAAGGAAGGAUAAAUUUAAAGAUAAUCCACCAAUUCCUUCAGAAUUAGAUUUGGUCAAGGAAGAGGAUCAAAUUACUCAUCACAUAUCAAUAGAUGAUGAAUUAGAUGUUGAAGAAACCCUUGGUGUCUUCAACUUUGAUCCAGAUUAUUUAGAAAGUGAGGAAAAAUACAAGGAAAUAAAGUCACAAAUAUUGGGGGAAGAUUCUGAAGAAAGUGGUGAAGAAUCAGAAUGUUGUCACAAACUAAUGAAACUAAAUAUUCAAGAAGGACAAGAAACGGAACUUUGCAACAUGAUAAUUGAAUGUUGUUCUCAAGAACGUACUUAUGAAAAAUUUUUCGGUCUCAUAGGAGAACGACUUGCAAAGAUAAAUUCUGUUUGGGCCAAAGCUUUUGAGCAAUGCUUUGUUCAAUAUUACGAAACGAUUCAUCGGUAUGAAACAAAUCGAUUAAGAAACGUAUCAAAAUAUUUUGGACACCUUUUAGCAUCAGAUGCUAUUUCUUGGGAAGUUUUUAGUGUGAUUAAAUUGACAGAAGAUGAUACUACAUCAAGUUCUCGAAUUUUUGUUAAGAUAUUAUUUGAAGAACUUAGUGGUACUUUAGGUAUACCGAAACUUAAAAUGAGGUUAAAUGACGAUACAAUGAGCAUAUAUUUCCAAGGUCUUUUUCCAAAGGAUCAUCCAAGGAAUAUACGAUUUGCAAUCAACUAUUUUACAAGUAUUGGAUUAGGUCAAUUAACUGAAGGGUUAAGAGAGUAUUUAGCGAAUGCACAAAAACAAAUAUUGGCGGCAAAACGUAAACGAGAGGAUAGUAGUAGCUCAUCAGAUUCAGAUUCGUAA